GUAGUGUCCCUGUCCAGCUGUUACACAUUCCACAGCAAACAGAGAGAGAGAGAAAGAGAGAGAGAGACUCACACUUUCACUCUCUGAGAAGCGACAAGAGCUGCUGCUGAAGUUCCCGCUCCUGACAACAUUAACUUUACUUACUUUGGAAACCUUUGGGAAACCCAAAAAGGGCUGAAGAUCUGAAGGACGUUCUCCUCUGCUGGACUUUAGCUCUGUGGAAUCGGGAUCGUGGCUCACCUGAGAAGCUGCCAGUGGCAUCCACAGCACAGCUAUGGACACAGAGACAGAGAACAUAUUGCAACCAGAAUCUGACCAGAACCUCGAGUCUCCUAAGAGCCCACACUUGGACCUGAUUGACACUGGGAAAGGACUGAAGGUACAGACAGCCACACCCCACCUGGUCAGUCUGGGCAGUGGUAGACUAAGUGUGGCCAUCACUGUGCUACCUCUGAAGGAGGGAAUAACACGCAUUGGCCGUGAUGAUGCACCCGUGCCUCAAGACAUCAACAUUGAAGGGCCUGGCAUUGAGAUGGAGCACUGCAUCAUUGAGAACAGGGGAGGGGUCAUCACUCUUGACCCCUGCGGUCACCUUUGUUCACUUGAUGGAGUUCCUGUCACCAGACCCACCCAGCUGACACAAGGGUAUUCUCUCUGUUUGGGUAAAUCCUACUUUUUCCGUUUCAACCAUCCAGAGGAAGCCAACCGGAUAAAGAGCAUGUUGCCUCAAAAGAGUCCCGUGUCUCCACUGGUCUACAGCACAGACUAUUUGAAGUUCAGCAGUGAUUUCAGCCACAGUCUAGGCGGUCCUACAUCCAGAGGGAUGCGCUCCGUGUCUGAGCUGCGAGAGUUGAUGGACACCCUGCAGAGAAAGAAACAGGCUUUGGAGAACAGCCUCCGGACCAGCGUGGACAGCAACCCCUCUUACUUCAGCAUGACCCAGUCUCCGCCCACCACACCCAACACUUUAACCCCUGUAACCACCUCCAGCCCUAUCCCGUCCUAUCAGGAGCAGGCCAGGCGUAUUUACAACUCUGAUCGCCCUCCCCUCUCAGUUAAAGUACAAAAUCACUCGUCCGGAAGCAUGCCCCCCUCUCCCCGGCGCUCAGACCCAUCUCGGGAACGAGACCCCUCAAUGCCUUACUCACGACCGAUGACUCGAAAUCAAUCUCAGGACAGUCUGCUCUCAGACAGUUGCCGCGCUCAAACGUCUGGCUCUUUACUGUCCAUGUGGAACGGCCAGACUUCUAAUGCAGGGGACUUUCUCUCCCCACCAGCAGGGGGCAGUGGUAGUGGAGCAGCCAGCAUGCCCUCCAGCCCACGGCUUGCCCGCAGACACCUGUCUCAGGACCCCAGCAGAAAUGGUGUCCCAGAACCUGCACCCCGCCAGAGAAAGUACUCUACAGGUUCUCUGACAGGAUUGAGCAGUCAUAGCCGCUCUUUACCUCGUCUUUACCGUCCAGCUGAUGCUCCAUUAACCCCCCUCGCUCCUUUAGCCCUCCCCCUGCCACGCCGCUCACUAGACAGCCGCCCUUCUCGGCCCUCCACCGAACAAAACCACCAGAACGGUCAUUCCGAAGUGGUUUCAAUCUCCCUGACCAGCAGGUCCAGCACCAAAAGUGCCCCAGCACCUCCAGACGUCACCGUAUCCUCAGGUGCCACCACCAGCCCCCGACAGGCCAAGAAAGUCAGCCUAAUCUCCAGCAGUGGAUCCUGCUCUGAUUUGGAGGGGCUGGCAUCUCCUGGACCCUCACCAGGAUUGGAAAUGGGACUGGGGGAGAGGAGGCAGUCAUUUGGGAAGGCCGGCCUGGGCCCACAGGGCGGCUUCAGAGAGAGAAAGGGCAGCAUCAGCUCACUGAGUGGCAAGGAGGAGCUCCAGGAUUAUCACCAGAGACAACGAGAUGAGCGACUGCGAGAGCAGGAGGUGGAGAGACUGGAGCGCCAGCGUCUAGAGACCAUUCUGAGUAUGUGUUCAGUGAGGGAUCAGAGCAGCUCGGCUGUGGCGGACCUGCAGAAGAUCAAUAAGGAGCUAGAGAAGCUGCAAGUGUCUGAGGAUGAGCCUCUGUUUACCGAAUUGUCCAGUAGCUCUGUGGAGAAUGGCUUCAGCUCCAGAGCCCGGGACCUCCAGGUCAGUGAGGAGCACCAGGUACGCCAGCGGCGCAGCAGUGGACAGAGAGAUGUGAGGGCAGAAUCUCCUGCUGUCAGUCUGGGCUCUGCUCCCACUCCAUCUCCUCGAAUGACACGCACCACCAAGGGGCCCGAGGAGGAGGUGAAGCAGGAGGUGACUCGAAUCGAGGAGGAGAGGAUCCAGGUGCUCAAUAACAUGGAGGAGCUGGAGCAGAAGAUCAAAGAGCUGGACAACCAGAUGGAGGAGUCUGUCAGAGAGAUGGAGGUAGAGCGUGCUCUGUUAGAAGGGGAACAGGACUCGGAGAUAUCUCAGCUGCAGCAGGAGAAAGAAGCUUUAGAACAGCUCAAAGACAAGAUGGCGGAUAUGGAGAAGAAGGUCCAGACAGAGAAGUCUCAGGAUAAAGCCCAGCUCGAUGCUGAGCGGGUAAAGGUAGAGCGGCUGGCCGCCCUGCUUGCCAAUCAGCGUGCUCAGCUGGACACAUGCCCCGAGGCCCUGAAAGAGCAGCUCCUCCACCAGCUCUCCAGGGACUCUGAAGCCCUGGAAGUCAAGACCAAGCACUUUGAGGAUCUCGAGUUCCAGCAGCUGGAGAAGGAGAGCCGCCAGGACGAGGAGAAAGAGACCAAAACCCAGCAGAUCCUCAGAGAGAUUGCAGAAUACCAGCGUAGUACAGUCACCCGCAAGGAGAAACUCUUAGCCCUGAAGAAGCAGUCUGCACAGAUAAUCCAGCAGGCCCAAAAGGAGAAGGACAGCUUUAUAAAAGAGAAAAACAACCUACAGAUGAUGCUGCAAAGGGAAAAGGAGAGUCUUGCCUGCUUGGAGAAGAAGUAUGCUGAACUCACAGGGGGGCGAAGCUUCCCUGUCAACCCUCUCAGUAUGAAGGAGGGCUAUGUCACAGUCAGUGAGAUCAAUGAACUGUACUCCCAGCUGGGGGUAGACCCCACCACAGCCCCCCUCCCUGCCCCAGCACAGCCCUCACCCGAAGCCCCUGCCUCAGGGCCUGAACCAAGCCCCAGCCCCAGGCCUAUAGUCGAAGAUGUCAGCCCCACGGCCGGAGAGGACGAGCAUUUCCGAACAGUAGAGGAGCGGAAGAGGUUGGGUAAGGAUGGGCACAUGUGCGACACGUUGCCUCGGAAGAAGACCCAGCCAACCGUCAGCCCACAGUUUAGCUGUGCAACCCUGGGCCGCAACAUGCCUUCUAAAUCUCAUCUCCCAUUGGCUCAAAGCUCCAGCUGCGGCAGUGUUCUCAACCGGGUCCUCAAUUUGUCCAGUAAAGACACAGACCCACGCCGCCUGCACAAGGGCAAGUCUAAGAAAGGUUACAGUCAGCAGCUGGUGGGUGAUGAUCACCGGUCGAGACUGAACGAGCUCAGCGGCCGCACCACCUCUCAGACCAACGUCUACCUGGACUCUCUGGGUUACCGUGACAACGGACACGCCUUCGACACGCUCAGCGUGGACAGUUCCGACAGCAUGGACACCAGCAUCUCCGCCUGUUCACCUGACAACAUCUCCAGCGCCAGCACCUCCAACGCAUCCAAGAUAGAAGAGAUGGAGCGGCUGCUGCGCGAGGCCCAGGUUGAGAAACACCGGCUACUGGAACACAGGGAGAGAGAGAUAGAAGUGCGGCGUCAGGCUCUAGAGGAUGAGCGAAGGAGGAGAGAGGAUCUGGAGAAACGGCUCCAAGAGGAGACAAGCAGACGUCAGAAACUGAUUGAGAGGGAGGUGAAGCUACGCGAGAAACAGAGGGCUCAGUCUCGGCCGCUGACCCGCUACCUGCCUGUGAGGAAGGACGACUUUGACCUUCGGGGACACGUUGAAUCGGCCGGCCACAGCAUAGAGACCUGCUACCACGUGUCCAUCACAGAGAAGACCUGCCGCGGCUUCCUCAUCAAGAUGGGCGGCAAGAUCAAGACCUGGAAGAAGCGCUGGUUUGUCUUCGACCGCAACCGCAGGACCCUUUCCUACUACUCAGAUAAACAUGAGGCCAAGCUGAAAGGAGUCAUUUAUUUCCAGGCCAUAGAAGAAGUCUAUUAUGACCACUUAAAGAAUGCACAUAAGAGUCCAAACCCCUCCCUAACGUUCAGUGUGAAGACUCAUGAUCGAGUGUAUUACAUGGUGGCACCCUCUCCUGAGGCCAUGAGAAUCUGGAUGGACGUCAUCGUCACAGGGGCUGAGGGAUACACGCAGUUCAUGAUUUAGAAGGAGCUCUUCCAGCAUGUGUGCCUUAAAAGACCCAAAUAAUCGGGUGCUGUGCACCUAUUCCAGCAUAUGGGGAUUUUUUUAUUUUAUUUGAUCUUUUAUUUUAUUUUAUAAUUUUUUUUUAUCCUGAACAGGUCACAUGAUCACGGGAUUGUAACCCAGUAUGAUGAACUGAUGACUCAUAUUAGCUUUGCAUUUUUAUGAGCUGUAAUGGACUCUGUGGUGAUCUAAAGGCCUCUCAAAUGCUGACGAAGCUGUAUUCUGCAGGUGCCUUAGUGUUACAUUAAUUAUAUAGUACACUCUUAAAAAUAAAGGAGCCAGAAAUGGGGUUUUGGUUCUUCUAAUAUAUCAUUUUAAAAUCAUUAAAUCAUCUCAAACACAAACAAUGCAGUGCAAACGCUCUGCUCUAGGGAUGCACAAUGAUAACAGAACUGUAUCAGAAUUGGCUGACAAUUGCUUCAUUUAAAUAAUCUUUAUUGGUUUUGAUUGACUGAUAUUUUCAACUAAGCAUAACUGAAGUAUUUUUUUUAUUACAAAAAGGAUUUAUAUACAUAAUUUCUCUGUUUGUAACUUUUUAUAAAUAAAUGAUGGGUCAAUUUAAUAAAAAAAUAAUACAUUUUUACAUUUCUUAACGCUUAUAUACCAGAAUGGGGUUAAACAAUAUAAAAACUUGCAGCCAUGUGCAUCAGCCUACAAUUCUCAAUUCUAUACCAAUUUCAGAUUAUUUCUAUUCCAAGAACCAGUGAGGAACCCUUUAUUAUUAAGAGUCUAGCUAUUACCCAUGACUGCAACUGUUACAAAAGGCCAAAAGUGUGCGCUUGUGUGAGAGAAAGGGAAAUACAAAGGAGUGACUGCUAGGUAGACACACACUAAGUAGCUUUGUUUCCAGCUAAAAGAACCCCCUGAUGAUGUCUGGAUUGAUCCAGAAUGUUGGUUGGUUCUUGCAGAGCAGCACAUCGUGAUUUGAGUCACGUUUGGUGGAACACCAGGUUUGAUUCAAGCAUGGAAACAUGGAAAUUGGCAUGCUGCAUGCUGAGUGACUGUCAGUGUGCCACUGUGUAUUGGUCCUCAGGGAUGCAGAGGUCUAUAAGCGUUAUUACCAGGAGAGCUGCUUCUUUAUUUUUUAAUCUACCAAAGACAUACAAUCAGAAAUGCAUACGCUCAUCAUCUAAUAAAUAGUUUUAUUAGGAAGGAAGUGCUGAAUUGCAAUGCUUUUUGUGAGGUAGAUACCAGGUUAGUUACCAGGAGCAAUAAAUUACAGUUUAAUAUUGAUAUAGACAGUAUUUAUUGAGCUACACAUGUAGAAGUAGUGUGUAAUGCAAGUGUAUGUAAAACAACAUUACAUUUGCAUUUAUAUUUAUGGCAUAUGGCUGACGCUCUCCUCUAGAGCGACUUGCAAGGUUAUUCCUAUUACAGAACUGGGCCGAUGUAGUGUUAGGAGUCUUGCCCAAGGACUCUUAUUGGUGUAUCACAGUAUAGUCAACUAGACCAGGAAUUGAACUGCAAGUCUACUACAUGAUGUAGUAGCUCACUGGCAAGCAGUGGUGUUACCCACUGCGCCACACCAACAACAUACCAGAUGUCUCAGCAUGGAGUUGUAGAGGUUCUAAUGGUGCCCUGCAAUUUAUUAGGGGUGGAGUGUUGCUACUAUGUCUAAUUCAGCAAUUGCAUAGCAUCUGUAUUUUCAAGACAUUUUGAGACAGCAGCAGUGUGUAGAUGAGCAUAGUCCUGCUGGAACAGUGCACUAGAGUCUAUAUUCAGAAAAGGUAGGGCCACUGGUUGCAAGACCUUAUUAAAGUAAUGCCAAGUUGUCAAAUUGCCUGUAAUAAGGACCAUAGAUGAGCUUGCACUGUAUAAAAUUGAGUCCCAUAUCAUGACAUCAGGCCUUCUGGACAUGUGAUGUAAGACCAUAAGCUGUUCAUCUUGGCACUGACCACAGAACACCAUUAGGAACCUCUACAACUCCAUGUUGAGUGGUCUGGCAUGUGUUACACAAGCUUUACACACUACAUCUGUUUGUGUAGCUCAAAAAUAUUGUCCGUAUCAGUCUGAAAGUUUUUAGAAUAAAAAAAAAAAAACAACAACACGGAUUUCUGUCUUCCUAUCUGGGUGCAAACUUUUUAAUGAUGAUGAUGAGUGUAUAAUCCACCAUGCAGUAGGGAUACAUACAGUAUAAUGUGUGUAUGUGUUUGUAUAUAGAGAUAUGUAUGAUUUGAGAGUGUAGUAUUAGUGUGUGAUGAACAGACAUGCCAUUGUAAAUUUCACAAUAACCAAAGGUGCUAUAACACAUAUGAUAUCAUAUUUUGUAAUGUUGUUUUUUAUAUGGACGAAGCCUGUAGUAAUAGAGCAAUAAUAAGCAGUUAUUAAACUUCAAGUCAAUGCCACGGUUUUAUUCAGUAUAAAGGAUUAGCUUUUUAUUAUUAUGAGCUGUAUUAUUAUUUAGAAAAUAUUAUUUAAUAUAGUUUGGAGGAAACAAAAGUUAAUUUCCCAGUUGCUUGAGUACAGUGUAUAUUGCAUUGUUUUGUUUUUAUGUGGAGUGUUAUGUGGAGACUGACAGUGUUUGAAGUUUUAAGGUCUGUUUUUCAGGCCAUGAUGAGUUUUAUCAGCUCUAAAGCCAUAUGUUUAGUCUGUGGUUUGGUCUGAUGGUUCAGGUAAAACUCUAAUCCUCUAUUCAUCAUGGAGAGAGAUUUACUAGUCUUUAUUUGCUGUUACUGUUACACUAGAACUCCAUCAGUGCCACUGUUCACAUAUCACCAGCAGGGGGCAGUAUUAGCCUUAGACCCGCUUCUGUAUGGAACUCCACUAUUGGGGAAUAUUGAGAAUAAGCUUUGGCCUUCUGUAUAUUUCAUGAAGCUGGUUGAAUUCAUAGGAAUGAAUGUCCUGUUUUUGAAAUAUUAUUUAUGCUAUUGUUUACCAUGCAUGCACCUGUAUUUUUGAGUCCAGAACAAUAAAGCCAGGUCACAUCAUACCUAUCUCAACUAUAAA